ACAGCCGUACGGCGGCGCCCCCGGCGUAGGGCCUGCGGGUCCCAGUGUCUCCCACUUUGUGACUUUGCUGGCCUCGGCCCUGCGCCCUCGCCACGCUGUUGCUCAGUGUUUCCUCAGGAAAUGUUUGGAGGCACGGCAAGACUAAUAAGAGCGUUGUGCGGUGCUUUCCACAUCUUAUCUCUUUCUUAUAUCACUUACAGCCUUUAUCUCCAGUGCACAGGGGAGGAAGCCGAGGGACAGAAAAGGGAAUUAUCUUUCCCAAGCUCAGCAGUUGAGACCAGAGCAGACGCCGCCGGAGCCUUGGCUUUUAAGUCGUCGCUGUUUUACGGGCCUGGUAAAAUGAGACUCCUAGCCACGACCGGCGUUCUUGGAGGUUACUGCAACCCAGACACCACCGCCUAGGAGCUCAUCAUCUAAGAAGGGAACCAAGAGAGGCCUAAAGGAUAACCAGCAAUACAGCAAUCCCGGAGCAAGUCUAAGAAGGGUGUUGGCAGUAUUUUUCUGUUUGUCAAGAGACGUAUUUUGGCCCUCCUGUCUCACCAUCCGCGUAUGCUUCCAAAGCAGCCGUAAACUCCGCCCCCUACGCUCAGGACGGCGCGAAAACCCAAUUGACAAGAACUCCCGCCGAAGCCCCGCGGCCCGAUCUGUGUUCUGUUGGCUGUAGGCACCCGGGCUCAAGUCCUGGGCGCUCAGCCUGGAACUGCCGCCUCUGAGACGUCCUGCACUGCCGGCCGCGUCCCAGGGCCCUCGCUGCCCGCGCUUUGUCACCGCCUUUUUCCGCGUUUGUCUCGACGAAGCUGGGCCCAGUCUCCGCGCCCGUUUUGGGCGGGUGGGCGCGGUGGGCCCCUGAGACUGACUCGGCGGCCCAGCAAUUCGCUCCUACCGGAGCCGGCCAGCUCCAUGGCCUCCAGGCAGGCUGAGCCGGACCGCGCAAGGUCCUAGGAGCUGGGAUUCGGGGAAGCAGGGAGCAUGGUGGGGGUCCUGGCCAUGGCGGCUGCUGCUGCUCCCCCUCCAGUGAAGGACUACGAGAUUGAGCCAUGCAAGAAGCGACGAAAAGAUGAUGACCGAUCUUCCUGUAAAACAAUUACAAAAUAUUUAUCACCGAUAGGGAAGACUGGAGACAGAGUUUUCUCUCCACCAAAAUCUAGUAAUAUUAUGGAUUAUUUUAGAAAGACUUCACCCACAAAUGAGAAGACACACUCAGUGAAAGAGUGUAAGAUAAAGUCAUCUGCACCAUUGCCUGUUGAGAAUAACAAAGAUUGUAAAAAACCUUUGGACACAUUCUCAAAUACAGUAUUUAAGAAGAAAGUAAAGAGGGUUAAUUUAUCUCAACAGCUAAAUAAUAUAAAAACUGAGAAUGAAUCUCCAAUUGAAAUUAACAGUGAUGAUAGCAAAGAAGACUGUAGUUUAAAUAAUGAUUUUGUGGAAAAUAGUGCUUCUGUUUUACUUUACAAUAAACAUGUGGAGGUUCUUGUAGAAAGUAUUCAUGAUGUUGAAAGACAGUCAAAUGCUAUGACUUUCAAGAAAAAUUCUAAGAAAGUGAAUCCUAAACAAAGGAUGACAAAAGGUGAUUGUAAAAGGUUAGGAAAAAGGAAAUACAGAGAUGUAAUAGAUCUAUCUGAAAGUUUACCCUUGGCAGAAGAACUAAAUCUGCUUCAAAAUAGUGAUAAAGACAGCAAAGAGAUAGUAUCUUCCCUAACUAAUGAAAUUGAGAGUACUACAAAUGAAGCAAACUCUAGUGAUCAUGUUACUGAAACAGCCCAUUUAAAUGAUUGUACGAUAACUGUCUCAUAUGAAGAAUUUUUAAAAAGUCACAAGGAAAAUAAAGUGGAACAGAUACCAGACUCAACAAUGUCAAUUUGUUUACCUUCUGAAACUGUUGAGGAAAUAGGCACAAGUGGUUAUAUAAGUGAAUCAGAAAACUGUGAGAUAUCUCAGCUGAUGCGCUUUAAGACAGUUACUGUCCUUGCACAAGUUCACCCCAUUCCUCCAAAAAGGACAAAGAAAAUACCCCCAAUUUUCUUGAAACAAAAGAAAUUUGAGAUGGAAAAUAGUCUUUCUGAUCCUGAGAAUGAACAGACAAUUCAGAAAAGAAAAUCUAAUGUUGUUAUACAGGAGGAAGAAUUAGAAUUGGCUGUGUUGGAAGCUGGAAGUUCUGAAGCUGUGAAACCAAAGUGUACCCUAGAAGAAAGGCAGCAGUUUAUGAAAGCAUUUAGGCAGCCAGCAUCAGAUGCAAUUAAAAAUGGUGUCAAAAAGUCUUCAGAUAAGCAGAAAGACCUCAAUGAAAAAUAUUUAAAUGAAGAAGGACGAGAUAAUAAUUCUAAGAAAAUCAUGGAAAAUCUUAAUAUUCAAAUGGUUUCAAAUGGUAGUUCACAGUCACACGCUGAUAGAAGAAGUUUUCCUAUGGAGAAAAGUAAAAUGCUAAAGAAAAAGAAUAAGGAAACAUUAGAUACUGGGGCUACUACAGGUGAAAACCAAAAAGAAAAUCAAAAGAAAGAAACAAUUCUUUCCUUAAGAAAUAAACAAAAUCAGAAUAGACUUAGAAUGAGUUUGAGACACAAGAAAUCAGAAAUUUUCAAAAGCACUACAUUACUUAACAGUGAAAAUCUUGUUUGUGAAGGUAUAGCAAAUGAUGACCCUCUAAUGAUUUCUUCUCUGUGUGACAAGAAUAAAUCAUCAAGGAAAACCAGCACAUCAAUUAAAGAAAAGAUUAUAUAUCCUAAAGCUGAACCUGAAGACAGAUUGGUAAAUGUUUCCACACCUAAAUCAUCCAGACGAUCUAUAAGAAAUAGCAGCACACCUACUACCAUUAGAGGUCCUGAUUAUGAAGAUGUACAAGACAAUAGUCCAGUAAAGUUUUCUACUCCCAAAACAGCCAGUGUAUCAGAAAAGCAUAGCCUAUACACAGCAGAAUUACUAACAGUACCCUCUGAUUCAGAGAGCCCUAUUAGAAUGAAAUUUACCAGAAUUAGUACUCCCAAAAAAACUAAGAAAAAAUGUAAUAAAAAGUCUAAGAAAUCAGAGGCAACUGGUGGAGAUUUUACUUCUCAAAAUAGAAAGGCAAGCAAAACUCAAAAAAAUAUAUCAAAAGCAAAACAAUUGAUCGAAAAAGCAAAAGCUUUACACAUCUGUAGGUCAAAGGCUACUGAAGAAACAGUGAUACCUUUAAGGCGUUCCUCUAGACAUCAGAGGCUUCCUGAAGGAGAGAAACCACCAAAAACAGAAGAUGUUAUAAUAAUAGAUUCAAGUCCUACUUCUUUAAAGACAUCAGAGAAAAAUCAGAAGAAACUUCAGUGUUUGAACGAUGUGCUAGGAAAAAAGCUUGACAAGUCUCCUAAAAAUGUACCUGGAAAAAUGAAAGUUGCCCCUUUAUUUAUUGCCAGAAAGGUUCCAAAAACAGCUGAUCCUGACUUUGGUUUGGAAGAGAGCAGUCAAGAUACAUCUGAGAAAUCUCAGGACUGUGAUGUACAAUUUAAAGCAAAGCGUGAUUUUCUAAUGAGUGGUUUGCCAGAUUUGUUGAAACGACAAAUUGCAAAGAAAGCUGCUGUUCUGGAUGUGUACAAUUCAUUGAGUACCAGUUUCCAGAAAGUUGUUCAUAUACAACAAAAAGAUGAUGGGUGUUGGUUAUGGAAUUUGAAACUACCUUCUUGUCCUCUGUUAACUACAUUUAAGGAGUCUAAUACUAAAGUAAUAGAUCUCUCAAAAUGUGUUAUUGCUCUUGGUGAAUUUUCAACAUUGAAUUCAAAUUCAAAAAGUAAUUCUGCUGUCAUGCUUAUAAGGACAAGGAAGAAUUUUACUAAAGAAGUAAGAAAUCUUUUGCUAGAAGAAAUUAGGUGGUCAAAUCCUGAAUUUUCUGUGGGAAAAUAUUUUCCCUUGCUUCUAAAAAAACAAAUUGAGCACCAGGCACUUUCUGAGUAUCAUGGUAAACAAGAAAAUCCACAAGUAGAGCUUGAUAACAAUCAAAAAGAAAGCAAAAGGAAACGAGUGGAAAUAGAAAAUCAGAAGUCAAAAAGAAAGAAACCAAAUGAAUAUUCAGUAAGUCCAGUAAAGAUAAAUGGGAAGCCAGAAGAACUUGACAAAAGAAACAACUCUUUUGAGAAAAAGCUAGGUUCUUCCAAAGGUUUAUUUUCUAAAAUGUCUCGGAAGAAACAAACUGCUUUGAGUACACCACGUAAAGUGAAAAUAGGAGCAGUAGAAGAUAAUGAUAUUCUGAUCAUAGAUGGUGACAGAGAGUUUCCAGCAGAAAUAUCUUCCAUUUCUGAUUCUGGAACUGAAGACAUGCUUUGGACAGAAAAGUAUCAACCUCAAAAUGCCAGUGAACUCAUAGGCAAUGAGUUAGCUAUAAAAAAGUUACAUAGUUGGUUGAAAGACUGGAAGAGAAGAGCUGAACUGGAAGAAAGACAGAAUUUGAAGGGAAAAAGAGAGGAGAAACAGGAAGAUUUGUCAGAUAGCAAAGACUUUAAAGGCAGUUCAGAUGAUGAGGAAGAGAGUCGUCUUUGCAAUACUGUUCUUAUAACAGGGCCAACAGGAGUGGGAAAAACUGCUGCAGUGUAUGCUUGUGCUCAGGAGCUUGGAUUCAAGAUAUUUGAAGUAAAUGCCUCUUCCCAGCGCAGUGGUAGACAGAUUCUGUCUCAGCUGAAGGAAGCUACUCAGUCCCAUCAAGUAGACAAGCAAGGUGUAAACUCACAAAAACCCUGCUUUUUUAAUAGCUACAACAUAGGCAAGUCACCAAAAAAAUUAAACUCUCCUAAGAAAGUUGUUACUUCACCAAGGAAACUUCCUCCAUCAUCACCAAAAAGUAAUGGGCAGAAGCGAGGAAUUCCCCCUAAAACUUUGGCAAAUUACUUUAAAGUAUCUUCCAAGUCCAAAAAUAAUGAAGAAAUAGGAGAACUUCUGGAAAGUAAUAAAGGAAUUAAAAAUUCUUUGGAACAGAAGCAAAUUACUCAGACUAAAUCUGCAAGUGUACCUAAUUCAAACGUCAAAGAAUUUGGAGCUGAAGAACCCAACAGGAAAAAUGCAACAUCUCUUAUUCUUUUUGAGGAGGUUGAUGUCAUUUUUGAUGAAGAUGCUGGUUUUUUGAAUGCAAUCAAAACAUUCAUGGCAACAACGAAACGACCUGUAAUCCUUACUACAAGUGAUCCAACAUUUAGUUUACUGUUUGAUGGCUGCUUUGAAGAAAUCAAUUUCAGUACUCCUUCUCUGCUAAAUGUUGCCACCUACCUACAAAUGAUAUGUUUAACUGAAAAUUUCAGAACUGAUGUAAAAGACUUUGUAACCUUGUUAACUGCAAAUGGUUGUGAUAUCAGAAAAAGUAUCCUUUACCUACAAUUUUGGAUUAGAAGCGGAGGUGGAUUUUUAGAAGAAAGGCCAUUAUCUCAUUGUCGAGGAAGUAGCAGAAAUAAACAACUAGCUUGCUCUGAAGAUGGCCCUGCUUCCAAAAAUAACACUAGAAAUACCAAAAGCAAUCAUGUGGACCUUCCCAAAUGUGACACUGGCUGUGUUGAGACCUUGUUUGGACUCAAGAACAUUUUUUCCCCAUCUGAAGACUUAUUUUCAUUUUUAAAGCACAAAAUCACUACAAAGGAAGAAUGGCAUAAACUCAUCCAGCUUCUUACAGAAUUCCACAUGCAGGAUGUAGAUUUUUUAUAUAGCAAUCUUGAGUUUAUUCUACCAUUACCAGUUGAUAUCAUUCCAGAAUCAAAAACCAUUUGUGGCUUAUCAAUAAAUGUGGAUGCCAGUGCAGCAAGGAGCAUGAAGUGUCUUGCUAGGAAAUGUACUGAAGGAGAGCGGCCAUUGAAUAAGUCACAGAAAAAGAAACAUAAGAAAAAGAUCGUGACACUAGAUGAUAGUGAUUUAUUUGACAAUGACUUGGACUUUUCUGAAUUUAUUAACCUAUCACCUGCAUCUUCCUCAAAUUUAGAAGAAAACAAGACCAGAGACAGCAGUUCAGGGACAAAGAACCUGAACAAUAGUUUAGAGUCUAGCAUUGAAUCUAUUCCUCAUCCUCCUAAAACACCAGCGGGGAAAAAAAGUUCUGUCCUUGUCUCUCAUUGUUUAAAUUCUCUCACUGAGUUUAUGGAUAACAUGUCCUUCUUGGAUGCCCUUUUAACUGAUAUAAAGGAACAGAAGGAACUUGGGAAAAAUGACUUUCGUUGGACAGAUGGAAUGGUUAAAAGUGGACUUUGUGAUGAGUUUAGUCUUGAGAGUAAUGAUGGAUGGACUUCUCAAAGCUCUAGAGAACUAAAGGCAACUGCAGAAGCUCUUACCUUUACUAAAUGUUCUUCUACUAUUUCAAAAGCAUUGGAAUCCUCCUUGAAUUCUUGCAAGAAAUUAGGAAGAGAUCCAACCAAGGAUCUUACUUUUAGUGUUUCACAAAAGCACAAUAAUGUAUGCUUUAGUCAGUCAGCAAUUGAUUUAGACAGUGCUUGGAAGAGGAUAUCAGUCAUUAAAAGUGUGUUUUCUAGUCGAUCUCUUCUGAACCUGGGUAAUAGACAAGCUAGUGUAAUUGAAUACCUGCCAGUUCUCCGCAACAUCUGUAGGAUUGAGAAGCUAAAAGAACAAGGAAAAAGUAAAAGAAGGUUUCUGCACUAUUUUGAAGGAAUUCAUCUUGACAUUCCAAAAGAGACUGUGAAUACUUUGGCAGCUGAAUUCCCUUAAUAUUCUCCAUUAAUGUCUUGUACAGAUUAUGUGGUCCUUUAGAUGCAUUUUUGUAUUAUGUUGAUUUUCAUGGAAGAGUUUAUUUCUCUUAAUGUACAUUUAAAACAGACUAUUUGUAUUUUUUUAUUGUGCAAAUAUUUAAAGUGAAAAAGUUGGAUUAUAAAUUGUAUAUAUGAUCAUAGUUUUUUUCUGCAUUUUUGUAUAAUCUAGUUUUGCUUUGUUGAUGUUGUUUUGUAUGUGACUGAGCUGUUUAUUGGAAGUAGAGUUCACUAAGAUACUUCUCAAGAUGUUUCAAUACAAAACUAAUCUAUCAUCUUUCCCUUUCCUGUUACCUGUAAUCCAUCCCUUUACAAGUGUCAGUGUUCUGUCAAGUUGUAAAUAUGAAGCACCUAAAUGGUAAUCUUUUUAAAAUAAGUUUACACAAUACAGAACAUAAAAUUAUAUAUGUAAUACUCAACAAUUAACUUCCUAGGAAGAAAAUUAUGCCUCAUUUUCCAAAAACAUAAGAACUUCCUGGUGUUUUUAUCUAGUAUACUCCUUCAGCAUAUUUUACCAUUGAAUAUUGACAAAGUAAAAUCAACAUUCUAAAUUAUAGUUUUCUUAAAUUAUUUUUAGGACCCCCACAUGGGUGCUAUCUUCUAUAUUUUGCCAACUCAAAUCAUUUGCUUUGUAAAUUUUUCUUACAUUUUAUAUAUCUAUUUUGGCCAAGCUGGGGUUCUACCAUAAGGUUUCUACAUAAUAGCUAUUUCUAUUUAAUGUUAAAGUUUGUUUUGUUUUUGCAGUGCCGGGGAUGGAACCCAAGACCUUAGGUAUGCUAGGCAAGUGGUCUACCACUGAGCUACAUCCCCAGCCCGAUUGUUUGAUAAGGAGUCUUGCUAUGUUGGCCAGGCUAGCCCAGAAUUCAUAGGCUCAAGCAAUUGUGCUUCAGCUUCCAAACUAGCUGGUAUUGUAGGCACAUGCUACCAUGCCCAGAAAGGUUGAUUUGGCAGUGGGGAGGGAGUAUAUAUUUUUAUUUUAGUGAUAAGACUUUAAAAUAUCCCAUCACUUGAGAUCAUUUUGCAAUUGGAUAAUCAGGUGUGUUUAAAAUUGCUGUAUCUAUAUUUCAAAUGUUUAUGUUAAUAUUUAGAGAUUUUAGCUGAUGAAUUGUAUUUUUAACUCAAGGAUCCUCAUUUUAUAGUUUUUAAAAGCAUAGAUGCAUACCUGUUUACAAAUGUAUAUGAAGAUGUUUUUACCUUAUUUGUUCAACGUACCUCUUCUUGUAUUGAUUAGUACCGUGAUCUAAUUAAAGGUUAAAGACUUUACAUAGUA